AUGCCAGUGCGAACAAGAGCGCAACAUUACGAAUUAGAGCGCAACGCAGAGGAACAACUUGGUGACGAAUUAGAGCGGUUAGGAGGUAUUGAAGUCGAGCAAAGUAAUAAUCCACGUCAGCAAGCACAUAUCGUUUAUCGUCCAAUACAGUUCAUCAUGGCCGAGAAACUAGUAAAUUCGAUUCUCUCAAAAAGUUUAGAACAGCUACCGAAGUUCAGUGGCACAAUAACUGAUGAUGUAGAUAAAUGGAUAAUUGAUAUUACACACGAAUUAAAUUUAGUCAAACUGGAUGAUUCACACAAACUGGCCGCCAUUCAAACGUAUCUCGACGGUGAUGCACGACGAUGGUAUACUAACAAUCUGCAGAUGAUGCAUAACUGGGCAACCUUCUUACGCGAAUUACGUGCGACGUUUUCAUCAUCAUUUUCUAAAGAAGCAGCCAUUAAACAAAUUGGAAAUCGCCAGCAACAUAUUAAUGAAACCGUCUUGCAUUAUUACACAGAUAUGAUGGAACUGGCAAACAGAAUCGAUCAUCAAAUGAACGACGAACUUAAGGUGGCGUACCUGACAACAGGCUUGAAAAUAUCACUGAAAAAAGAAGUGCUGCGAAACAAACCGCAAACCCCAGCUGAAUUUAUCAAAUAUGCACAAGACGAAGAAAAACUGGACUCCUCCAUUACAACACAAAUAUCAAAUGAUAAUCGUCUUACAAUACCGAUAGAUUAUGUCGCGUCGUCAGUCAGAAGUCCGCUCUUAAGAGCUUCGAAUAAUCUGUCUUCAUUUAGACAGCAACAUCGACAGUCGUAUUAUCCAAGUCCUCAAUAUUAUUCGGCAAACCUGACUGACAACUCACUGGUCUAG